AUGCAUCCCUCUUUAGCGCCUCAUCUUCAUGGCGACUGCCUAGAAAUUAUACAGCAACUGUAUCGCUGUCACGAACAGGUUAGUAAUUGACGUGUUGUGUUGUAAACACGUGCGUGCCUUCUUGGCCAUGUCCUUGUGCUGUAUACAAUUUUUUUUUUUCGCCUUUCUUUACAGCAUCCCGUUGGGAAAUUCCUAGGCGAGUGCAAUGACAUCAAAAGAGCAUUGAAUAGGUGUUUAAAAGAGGAGGUAUACAUUAAAGUCUUUUUUAUGUGAUAUCCAUUUCACUUCAUUAGUUGAGGGGAGAUGUGUUAUGUAAUUCUAACUUUGAGUGCGAGGACGAAAUUCUCUGGUUUUGCCAUUUGGUAAUAUUUGAAGUAGAAUUUUUAGAAAAAGAGGUUUUAAAAUUUUGAUUAUGAACAUUAUCAGGGGAGUGAAUGAUAAAUCAGUCAAUAAAUAUGUUUAUAAAAAUUAAUAAUGAUGAAUAAAUUGAGUUGUUGUUCAUCCAGCUCAGUCUUGACUGAAUUGAGUAACAAACUGUGAUAUAACAGAAAUGAGAAUAUUUGUGAAAUUAUGGGGUUUGUUGUCAUCCUCUAAAUGCUUCUGUACCAAAAAUCAGUGUGUUUGCACCAAUUGACGGUGAGAUACUAGCAUCCUUAUGUUCUGACAACUGCACGCAAAUCCUUCAAAAGCCAGUUUUAGAGGAUUUGUAUGGAGUCAUAAGUAACUAUCUCUGCGCAGGUAUUAGGUAUAAGCAACAGGUCUGAGAGUAAAACCUCACCAAAUUCAUACAUAUAAAAGUAAAGGGAGAGUGGCAGUAUACUGGCCCAACUACCAAUCACGUGUACCAUCUCUGAUCACAAUAAUUAUUGACUCCUUAGUUAGCCCGGGUAGUAACCAUUUCCACGCAAGUUAUUGCACAUGUGCAAGAGUUUUCACAUAACUCAAGUGGAUGAGUAAUAACUACGGCCGAAAUGGUUGCUACACAGGCUACUUGCCAAUUCUGAUCCACACUUUAUUGCAAUAAUAUUUAUUUAAUAUUGUUUGUUUUAUACCUGACUAUAUCCCCCGGGAUGACAGGCAAGGCUGCAUGUAAUAUUUAUGAUGCUAAGAAUAUGAUGUCUCCAAAGGAGACAAGGUCUUACUCAUGCAACAGUCUUUCUUUAAAUAUUGUUCCCUUUUUUAUUACAGGAUUUAAGAAAAAGAAGGAGAAACCAAGAGGAUGCAAAAAGAAGGAGAAAGACAUUACAAGAUUUGUGUUUAGAAAAACAGGAAUAA